GCAGGCUACAGGUACAGGUGUGCAAAGACUCAGGGAAGCGCGAGGAAGUGGUUUGUGGACGCUAUUUUUAGUUUACUCAGAGUUUGAUAACAAGGAAGAAAUAAAGAUAUAAUAAAACUCAAAGGAAAUACCGACUAUAUCUUAUAUAGGCUAGGAACUUUAGGGUUUUUUUUUUUAAAGUAUUGGUAUUCAUACUGUGGUACCCGGAGCUGACGGUAGGUCUUAUGGGUCCGUGUUUCCCCUCAUGAGACAGGUGUUAAUAUCAAACCAAGCCGCUGGGACAGAAAUAACCUGCUCGGUAGCUCGUGGAACAAAAUGCCGGCAUUAAAGCAAGAAAACAAAGGUGUAAUAAGUGUGUAAGGUUGUGCUGGGUGUGAGGUUAUUAGGCUGGUGAUGGAGACGGACUCGGUGAGGUUGGAGUCCAGUGUGUGGCUCGGUAACAAGCGGCACCGCGCGCUGCUCAGCGGAUGGCGGUUCAGCUGGACCGAGCUGGACAAGAAGAACCGGGACAAGAACACCGUUUCAGUGCCCAUCUCUGAGGUAGUUGCAGUAAUGGAGGGUCAGGUGGAGAUCCAGCCACAGAAGAAAGUGGAGGACACUGACCGAGACUUCACAAUGUUCUAUGUAGAGCGCAGUAACACCCGUGGUGGAAAGGGGCCGCUGUGGAGCCUGGGCAGGUCCCAGUUCUGUUGCCCCAGCCGUGACCUCAGGGAUCAGUGGGUGACACAACUCCGAAUUGCACUUAAAACCCACUGCCCCUCUCGCCCUCACAGGUUGUUGGUGUUUAUUAACCCCUAUGGAGGGAAGAAAAAAGGGAAGCAAAUCUAUCACUCCUUAGUGGAUCCUCUAUUUGAGCUGGCUGGCAUCAGCUGUCAUGUUGUGGUGACGGAACGAGCAAAUCAGGCGAGAGACCAUAUCCUGAAGAAAGAUCUGACCGGGUUUGACGGAGUGAUUUGUGUGGGUGGAGAUGGAAUGUUCAGUGAGCUGUUGCAUGGCGUGAUUGGACGAACCCAGCAGGAGGCGGGUGUUUCAGAGCAUGACCCGUCUGUGAUGCUGCAGCCAUGUGACCUCCACAUCGGCAUCAUUCCAGCAGGUUCUACAGAUUGUGUUUGUUUUGCUACAGUAGGUGUGAAUGACGCGGUUACAUCGGCACUGCACAUCAUUAUCGGAGACUCUCAGCCUCUGGAUGUGUGUUCUGUCCAUCAUCAUUCUACACUGGCGCGUUAUUCCGUCUCACUGGUGGGCUACGGUUUCUAUGGUGACGUGUUGGCUGAAAGUGAGAGGCACCGCUGGAUGGGACCUCUCAGAUAUGAUUACUCAGGUUGUUUAAUGUAUCUGUGCAACAGGAGCUAUCAGGGAAUAGUGCAAUAUCUACCUGCGGACUCCCAGAUCACCAGCCCCAGAGACAACAGUCGCUGCCUCUCUGGGUGCAGAGUAUGCUCGGAAAGCACCGAGAGACUGUUCCCCCACUCAGAGAGCUGCAGCUCGCUGUACAGCAGACAACUCGGCCAGUAUGGCACUGAAUCAGAGGGUGAGUGGUCAAGUGUUGAGGGCAGAUUCAGAUGCGUGUCCCUCACCUGCAUGUCCAGCUCAUGUCCACGGAGCCCCAAAGGUCUCUCGCCCUCGGCACACCUGGCCGAUGGGACAGGGGACCUCAUCUUGGUGAGGAACACUAACCCCCUGGGUUUCCUCACGUACCUGCACAGGCACACUACCUCACAGGAUCAGUUUGACCUGCCCUUCGUUGAGGUGCACCGGGUCAAGGCAGUGCGCUUUUCCUUUUCUCUCAGUGAAGAGGAGGAGGAAGAAGACAAGCCAAAAGAAAGCCAAAACAUCCCAGCAGGUCUACUGGGGGAUCCUGAGACGCUACGUGAAGGAGACGUCGAGUCCGGCAGGCUCGGCUCCCAGCAAUGCCUUGCAGAAAAGCAGAAGGAACAAGGGCUGGAGGUGAAAGGAAGGAAGGAGAGAGAUUAUCUAUGUGGGCUGUGCUCCAAUAAGCGGUCUAUUGCGUCUGUGUGGAACUGUGAUGGAGAGAUUCUGCCGUAUACCGAAAUCUUAUGCAGAGUACACGGUCAGCUGGUCCGUUUGUUUGCCCGGGGCAUUGAGGAGGACACGGGCUCCUGGAAAUACCGUGAGGGAAACAGGAACUGCAAAGGGAAAUGUUUUUUACACAACUAAUAUUAACCAUAAGAAUGAAAUCAUAUUUUAAGUUAUACAAUAGAAUACUGCAAUAAACAUAAGGACAUGGUUCACAUUU